AUGGCAAAGGCGGCCGGGUACGCCGUGGAGGCUCACGAGGUGCGCACCGCGGACGGGUACGUAGUGAGGCUGGACCGUCUGGUCGGUGGGCGCAGGGGCGGACAGCCGGCGCUGCUGCUACACGGACUUUUCUGCGCCUCUGACCUCUGGCUGCUGAGGGGGCCCGGCGCCGCGCUCGGGUACCUACUUGCAGAUGACGGCUACGACGUGUGGCUGAUGAACUUCAGAGGAAACAGAUACAGUGCUAGACACACAACCCUGAAUACUUCGGAUCCCUCAUUCUGGAAAUUCAGCUGGCACGAGAUGGCCGUGUGGGACCUGCCCGCGACCAUAGACCACGUGCUGGCGGUGACGGGCUGGCGCCAGCUGCAGGCAGUGGGCCACUCCAUGGGCAACACGGCGCUGCUCGCCAUGCUGGCCUCGCGGCCGCAGUACGCGCGCAAGCUGGCGCUCGGCUCGCUGCUGGCGCCAGUCGCCUACAUCCACACCUUCAGGGUGCCCUUCAGCCAUUUUCUGCUUGCUGACUGGCGCCACAUCCAGAGCCUCCUCCAGCGAGCGCGCAUAUACAGAGUUCCGCCAACGACCAAAGAAUCUUGCUCGCUGUUGCAGAAGACUUGUGGGGACGACAAACCUACGCAGGAUCUCUGUCUGAAUCUCAUUCAAACUCUUUAUGGGUGGGAUCCUGAAGGUUUAAAUAAGUCGGCUCUGCCAUUAUACCUGUCGCACAUGUUUGCUGGCGUGUCUGUGGACACUAUUGCUCACUUCGCACAGAUUAUUAAGUCAGAUACACUUAGUGUAGCUCUGUACUCAAGCCAACAGCGUGGUGAGUCGGCAGCAUUGGUUACAGGGCCCAGGGCAGCUACGGCACAGCCCUGUGACUGUUCACCCAUGGUUGGCGGUUCCAGCGCCCACAGAACAGUGGCGGUGGGGGCGGUGGUGGUGGCAGUGGUGUGA